UGGCGUCUUAGUUGCCACAUGGUUCAAAGUGGGUUAGACAGCUCGUUUUCUGGCUUACUAUGUGGGAGCUUAAAAACGUAUCUUCUGGGACGUAUAUUUGUUCGUUUCCAGAUUGUAAGGCAUCGUACAACAAACAAUGGAAAUUUGACGCACAUAUCUGUAAACAUACGGGAGAGAGGCCAUUCGAAUGUGAUCAUGAGGGUUGCGGUAAAGCGUUUUACAGUAAAUCGCACCUGGCUCGCCAUCAGAUUACACACACCGGCGAGAGACCCUUCAAGUAAGACGAAUAGUCUGUGCACUGAAGAGGGGUGCACGCAGGGUUUCACCACAAACGCCAACUUGAAGAAACAUAUUUCAUGCAAACACCAACAGGGAGUGAAACAGUAUAUUUGUGUCUUUGAGGGGUGUGGUAAGAGCUUCAAGAAGAACAACCUGUUGAAGGUCCACGAAUGUACACACACGCUUCAGCUUCCUCACGAGUGUUCCUAUGAAGGCUGUGGGAAAAGGUUUGCGAACCCCAGUAAACGGAAGCGCCAUGAGAAAGUACACAAGGGCUACCCCUGCACUGCUGAGGACUGCUCUUUCAUAGGGAAGAACUGGACUGACCUCACCAAGCACAGGAAAGAACAUAAAGUGAAAGUCCAAUGUGAUCAGUGCAAGAAGAUGUUUCGGGACAUGUGGUUCCUACGGCAGCACCAGCGUGUGCACUCGGAGACGCGGGUGGUGUUCUGCUGUCCAAGGGAGGGCUGUACCCGCUCCUACACCACGGCCUUCAACCUGCAGAGCCAUAUCCUUUCCUUCCACCAGGAGGAGCGCACCUUCACCUGCACCCACCCAGGCUGUGGCAAAGCCUUUGCCAUGAAGCAAAGUUUACAGCGCCACUGUGUGGUGCAUGAUCCUGAGAGGAAGAAACAGAAGAAACCUCACCCAACGCGUUCUCUAGCCUCUCGUUUGAGUGGCUACAAGCUCCCAAGAACCCACCCAUCUGAAAUCUCAGCAUCUGGAGAAUCGUCACGUUCAGUAACGCACCAAUCAAGGAGUGGACAAGUAGUGAGGAUAUCGGAGCCAACCACAGAAGAAAAAUGUUUUUGCAUAUCCAAACCUCUCAAUUAUGUACAGUGUGCACUCAGUCUAGGAGAGCCACUCGUAUCAGACAAUGCUGAAAUCACUGUAUCGAAGCCCCUCAAGAUUCAGGAGCACAAAGCCGACCCAUCAGAGCAUCUUGAAUUAAAUCCCCUUGUGUUGGAGACCCCAGCAGCCAGCAAGUCAGAAGCAAAUCACUUUGGAAAUACUGUGGUCACCCAGUUGCAAAGCAACAAAUCUGACAAUAGAUUUAGCCAAUCAGAGUACAUCAGUGCAGACUGUAAUAGUCCAUUAGAACCUACUGAAUCUAAGACAACAGUGAUCCAGCUCUUAGAAUCCCUCAUAUCUGACAGCCCCAUGAUUAGCUAAUCAGAUCUUAAGAUG